CCAAGUACAUCCUUAAUUUGGUAUUGCUUCCGGAGUUGCAGAGCCGAUGACUCUACUUUAUGUUUAUUCGUUCGCUCAACGACCGUACACUUCUCACCUCUGCUCUCCAUUCUCUCUUUAAUUUCUUUUGCUAGAAUCCAUUCUCUCUUGGGGAGCAUUAAGAAAUGGAAUCCAUCUGUGAACGCUCCCUCUGCAAUUCUGUCACUGCAAGUUUCUCAUCCUCUUUACUUCCGAGGCAGCUUUCCUCUGAACUUCGGCUUCGUCCUCUGCUUCGUUUCGGUUUCGACAGGAAAGUACAGAGAUUCGAGGUUGUGUCGUGCGCCUCUGAAACAAUGAGCUCCAUCUACUCUGAUUCGUCGGUGAAGAAGCUAAAAGAGGUGAAGCUAUGGGGUGGUCGAUUCGAAGAAAACGUCACCGAUGCGGUCGAGAGGUUCACUGAAUCGAUUUCGUACGACAAGGCUCUCUACAAGCAGGACAUCCUAGGAAGUAAGGCUCAUGCUACGAUGCUUGCUCAUCAGGGCUUGAUCAGUGUUAGUGACAGGGAUAGUAUACUUAAGGGUCUCGAUGAGAUUGAGAAGAGCAUCAAAGCUGGUAAAUUUGUGUGGCGAGCGGACAGGGAGGAUGUACACAUGAACAUUGAAGCCGCACUCACUGAUUUGAUUGGAGAACCUGCAAAGAAGCUUCACACUGCCAGGAGCCGAAAUGAUCAAGUUUUGACCGAUUUCCGUCUCUGGUGCCGCGAUGCUAUGGACACGAUUCUUGCACAUAUCAAACACCUUCAGGUUGCUCUAGUGACAUUGGCUACAAAAAAUGAAGGGCUGAUUGUUCCUGGAUAUACACAUCUACAAAGAGCCCAACCUGUUCUAUUGCAGCAUCUUCUCUUGUCAUAUGUUGAGCAGCUCGAACGCGAUGCUGGUCGGCUGGUAGACUGCAAAGAUCGGCUGAACUUUUGCCCUCUAGGCGCAUGUGCAUUGGCAGGGACUGGCCUUCCCAUUGAUAGAUUUAUGACUUCUGAUGCUUUAGGGUUUACUGCACCUAUGAGGAACAGCAUUGAUGCAGUUUCAGACAGAGAUUUUGUCUUGGAGUUCCUGUCGUCCAAUUCUAUUACAGCCAUCCAUCUAUCUCGCCUUGGAGAAGAAUGGGUCUUGUGGGCUUCAGAGGAGUUUGGAUUUCUCACCCCAAGUGAUGCAGUGUCCACUGGUAGUAGUAUCAUGCCACAGAAGAAAAAUCCAGAUCCAAUGGAACUUGUUCGUGGAAAAUCUGCUAGAAUUAUUGGAGACCUUGUCAGUGUUCUUGUACUCUGCAAGGGACUACCUCAUGCUUACAAUCGUGAUCUACAGGAGGACAAGGAACCUUUGUUUGACAGUGUUAAAACCAUCGUAGGGAUGCUUGAAGUUACAGCAGAAUUUGCACAGAACAUUACUUUUAACAGGGAGAGAAUACAAAGGUCACUACCAGCCGGUCAUCUGGAUGCCACAACACUUGCAGAUUAUCUAGUGAAGAAGGGAAUACCAUUUAGGACUUCGCAUGAUAUAGUUGGAAGAUCAGUCGCAUUAUGUGUCACGAAAAACUGCCAGCUUUCAGAGGUGACUCUUAACGAGUUGAGAAGCAUCAAUCCAGUUUUUGAAGAGGAUGUUUAUCAAUAUCUUGGGGUUGAAAAUUCAGUUAAGAAGUUCUGCUCAUAUGGAUCAACAGGUUCAAAAUGUGUCGCUGAUCAGCUGGGCUUUUGGCUUGACAAGUUUGGCAUCGGAAAAUAGGUGAAGAGGUGCUCAAAAAAUUGCAGUUGACAAAAGUUUUGACUAUCGGUAACUUUGUAAGCCUCUUUUCUGGUAGUGGUACAACAUGGGAUUGUAGAUUCUUAGUUUGUAACAUUGAGAAAGGAGGGGUGAGAAGGGAAAGUCUGGGGGUUGGGGGUGAGAUAAGGGCAGAGAGAGAAAUCACCAUUUGGUUUUAGCAUAAUGAUCAGACAAUAACAUCUUCAAAUGAGCCUGCAGGUUUCAUGGUAGGGGAUGUUGAGUUGUUCUCUCUGUACAAACAUGGUCCUUGAAUACGCAUGUUUGUUUUGAAUGCUAUUUUAUUUUAGGGUGGAAAA